AUGAACAGCGGUCUGCAAGACUUCUGGGGAACUCACAACGCCAGCAAAGGAGACGCCAAAGUGAGAACGAUGAACAGCGAUCUGCAAGACUUCUGGGGAACUCACAACGCCAGCAAAGGAGACGCCAAAGUGAGAACGAUGGCCAGCGGUCUGCAAGACUACUGGAGAACUCACAACGCCAGCAAAGGAGACGCCAAAGUGAGAACGAUGAACAGCGAUCUGCAAGACUUCUGGGGAACUCACAACGCCAGCAAAGGAGACGCCAAGGUGAGAACGAUGAACAGCGAUCUGCAAGACUUCUGGGGAACUCACAACGCCAGCAAAGGAGACGCCAAGGUGAGAACGAUGAACAGCGGUCUGCAAGACUUCUGGGGAACUCACAACGCCAGCAAAGGAGACGCCAAGGUGAGAACGAUGAACAGCGAUCUGCAAGACUUCUGGGGAACUCACAACGCCAGCAAAGGAGACGCCAAGGUGAGAACGAUGAACAGCGGUCUGCAAGACUUCUGGGGAACUCACAACGCCAGCAAAGGAGACGCCAAAGUGAGAACGAUGAACAGCGGUCUGCAAGACUACUGGGGAACUCACAACGCCAGCAAAGGAGACGCCAAGAGGCUACGACAAAAGGAGAACGAUGAGCAGCGAUCUGCCAGACUGCUGUCAAAUGCUCAACUUGAACAAAGGCGGCCCGAAAAUGAGAGUUCUGAGCAACGUUCAGCAAGACGCCCUGCAAACGCUGAGCGCCAACGAUUGCAACGACAGAAUGAACCAGAAGAACAGCGCGCUGAACGCUUACGCAACGACUCCGAAAGACAUAUUCGCCGUAAUGCCGCUCCUGAAAUGACAGGUUUAGCACUGCGUUCUCGCAUCACGGAUGUGAACUACCUUGGAGCACUAGAAAAUCGCUGUUCAAAUUGUGGAGCUUUGCACUUCGCCUUUGAAGUGAAGCGACAGCAUCCGUACAUUUUUUCUGAUUGCUGUGACCGAGGGCGAUUCAACUUGAAUCUGUUUGAGGAGUUUCCAGAGCAAUUAAAACAGCUCUUUGUGCGAGAUAGAGCGGCUCCCACAGAGAUGACGCACCGUCAGCGCAACUUUCUUGAAAAUAUAAGAGCAUUCAACUCUGCUCUCGCGAUGACUUCGAUGGGGGCUCAAGUUGACACAAUUUCUGGAAGGGGGCCAUAUUGUUACCGAAUUCACGGGCAAAUCUAUCACCGACUGGGUGCGCUUCAUCCUCACCAAGGGGAGCAACGUCAAUUCGGUCAAAUAUAUAUUCUAGACACUGAAAUGGCUGCCCAACAGCGCCUUGGGAAUAUGCGGAAUUCGGACUGCGACCCUAACCUCAUGCUGUUUUUGAGUGAAUGGUUUGCGCGUAACAAUGUCUACGCUCAAUCGUUUAAAAUGAUGAGCGAAGUGGAGCAAAUGGAAAUAGCGGCAGCCCAGCGAGAAAAUCGGCAAACCAUACCAAUUCGCAUGGUAUUCGAUGACAGCAGAGAGCGGGGUUUUGCAAGAGGAGAGUACGCUAUUCCUACUGCAAACGAAGUAGCAGUCGUAUACGUGCACCUGGCGACAACGGCAGGCGUUCUAACUAAUCCUGAAAGUCUAGAGGAACAUGUACGCGAGCAGCUGAACAAUCCUAUAGCCUAG